AAAAUUAUAAAACCCGUAGAGCAGAAAUGCAGCAUUCCCUCAUUUUCCGAUUCUCUUCUCCGAUCCCAUAGUUCCUUCCUUUCCUUAUUCUUUUUUUUAACGUUUUAAUCUCUUUCUGGAAGUUGAAUUGUUGGUCGUGAAAACUCUGGGGUUAGGGUUUUUGAGAGAUGGCGCAACAGUCCCUGAUCUACUCCUUCGUUGCGCGUGGCACGGUGAUCCUCGCCGAGUACACCCAGUUCUCCGGUAAUUUCAACACCAUCGCCUCUCAAUGCCUCCAGAAGCUUCCUGCCAACAAUAACAGGUUCACUUAUAAUUGCGAUGGCCACACCUUCAAUUACCUCGUUGAUAAGGGAUUCACCUACUGUGUAGUUGCUACUGAAUCUGCGGGUAGGCAAAUUCCAAUUGCAUUUCUGGAAAGAAUUAAGGAAGACUUCUCGAAAAGAUAUGGUGGAGGGAAAGCUGCAAAUGCUAAAGCCAAGUCACUUAAUAAAGAAUUUGGGUCCAAAUUGAAGGAGCAUAUGAAGUACUGUUCGGAACACCCUGAAGAGAUUUGCAAACUUGCCAAAGUGAAGGCUCAGGUUUCUGAAGUCAAGGGUGUUAUGAUGGAAAACAUUGAGAAGGUCCUCGACCGUGGUGAGAAGAUCGAGGUGCUGGUGGAUAAAACUGACAGCCUUCGUUCACAGGCACAGGAUUUUAAGAAGCAAGGAACAAAGCUUAAACAAAAGAUGUGGUAUGAGAAUAUGAAGAUGAAAUUGAUUGUUUUCGGGCUCGUUUUUGCAAUAUUUCUGGUCAUGUUUCUUUCCAUCUGCCAUGGCUUCAAGUGUACCGAAUAAAAUGUUGAA